AUGUAAAUUAAGUUUGAAAUAAUAAAAUGUUAAACUUUUCAUUAGUUUUGUUUUUAUAUUAAAUAAUUGAAUACGAUUAAAAUGGGAUGUGUAACAAACAAAGAAUAAGACAUUAAGCAAUUUAAUAUCGAAAUACCAAACUCAUAUAAUCAUACGACAAUAUAAACAGAAGCAGAUCUGUCUGAUUUUUAGGACUAAUUCUUAUAAAUUGGGAUGAAUGUAUGUGGUUUGGGCGAAUUUCUUCCCAAAGUUUAGGAAGUGUAUGAUUAGCUUGGGGAAUUAUUCUAAAAUAUUUAAGGCCAGUAUUUGCUUAUGCCAGACCAAAGCAUAUAUUUUGGAUAAGUAAUCAAUGGAAAACGAUAAGGUAUUGGAAAAUAGCAUUGGCCAAAGGAGGGGAACUUAUUAGAAGGGACUUGGGUUGAUAAUUAAUUGACUGGAAGAGCUCGGAUGAUAUAUCCAAAUGGAGAUUAUUUUGUUGGUAACUUUCUCAAUAAUAUUGCUAAUGGAUUGGGAAGAUUUGUAAACUCUAAAAAAUAAGUGUGUGGAUUUUGGUUGAAUAAUAAAUUAACUGGAGAGGGAACUGAAAUUAGGAAAAAUGGAACGAUAUAUAAAGGACAGUUUAAUGAAGGGAAAAUUUAAGGUUAUGGCCAAUUUGAGUAUGCAAAUAAGUGCAUUUACAAAGGAAGUGUGCUUAAAGGAAAGAUGCACGGAAAAGGGGAAUUAAUUUUUAAUGAUAAUACAAGAUACGUAGGGGAAUUCAAAGCCAAUUGCAUUUAAGGAAGUGGAAAUUAUGAAGCUGGUAUUUCAAUAACAGGAUGGUUUCAUUCCAAAUUUGAAAACUAAACCCUAUAUAUAUACUUUUUUCGAUCCGAGACUCCUGUACUUAUUGAUAGCCAAUAUUGUACUCUAAUCGAAAAAUAGUUAGAACAAUUUUUUGAUUGAUUUAAAUUAUAACUUUUCUAUUAAAGAUUAUUA